AUGGAAGCCAUUAAAAAUUUAUUGUUUAAAAAGGCAGAAAAGCUUGCUCUUAGAAUUAUUAGCAAACGAAGCUCCUUUAGACAAUGGUAUAUAAGUCAAAGAGAUGAUGCAAUGGGGAGAGAAUUAAUUGGGAUCGAUAAAUUUGGGAAUUCGUACUAUUAAUACUACAGUUUCCAUGGUUUGCCAACUCGAAGAAUGGUCAUGUAUAAGUUCUUUGAUACAAAUAAGUUCCACAUCGAUCCACAUUUCUUGGGCUGGCUCAGAAGGAAUGAUAAUUAGCCACCAACUUAGCAUGAACUCGAAAGAUUGUAUCUUGAGCAUGAUGCCUUUAUAGAGAGAGCUAUAGCAUGGGACGAGGAACAGAGAGUAAUGAUUGAAGAAUAUAAAGAGAAAAUGAAAAUACUCGAAGAAAAGUAUGAGAGGGAGAAGUUUUAGUUUUUGGAAUAGGGUGAAUAGAUGCUAAAAAUUGAGAAUUGGGUGCCAGGAUCUCAGCCAAAGUAAUUAGAUGCAGAUGAACCUGAAACAUCUGCAGUCAUUGAGAUGACUGAAAUAGACAAGUUAGAGAUAAUGUAUUUUGAGGAAUAUAAAAAGAUAAGAGAAAAGGAUAAAGAAAAGAAUAAGGACUUUAAUAUUCUCAUGUAUGAUGAGUUGAAAUAAGCUAAAUACUACUUCGAGUAUCUAAGAACAUCAGAAAAACUAUAUAAACAUGAAGUCUAAACUGGAAGAAUAAAAGUUGAUAAAAAUGAUUAGGCAACUAAUGAAUUUUAAGAAGUAAAUUCUAAGACUCCAUAAGAUGAUGCUAAGAAUCAAGAAAUAUUAAACGAGAGGCUAAGUUAAGAGACGAAAAGGAAAUUAGAGAUUGCUAGGAAGAAAGAUGAGAAAAAAUAGUAGAUAAGAUAAGACUCACAUAGUAGAAGUUACUCUUAAUUUAAGGAAGAAUUCAAGGAUAUUUUUGAAGAUAUUCUUGAUAGAAAGAAUUAAACACAGUAAUAAGAUAAAAAAAUGUGA